UAAAUGAAAAGCAUCUGGAAGUUGUUGUGAUUGUGGCAUCACCGCUACUUAUGAAGAGAUUGGACACAUAACGCGAUAUAUUAUCAUUUCGUGCGUGUAUAUAGGUUGGUUUCGUUAUCAUAUUCAUAUGGCUCACACAGUUCAUGGAUGAUUUUUGUGAAUGUUUUCUCUCGCGAGUAGUCAAUGUAGAAUUAAUUCAUUAGCAAGCUAAGAAAACGUAUGUAUUGUGAAAAUUGUCGCAACUGGGAUGAUGAUCGAGUUUUGAUUUGGUUCAUUUCAGUUACACAUCGGACCAAUGUAACUAUGCUGAACGACAGCGACACCAAGCGACUAGAAAUACGAAAAGGGAAAUUUCUCUUUAAAUUGACAGUCAGGGGAAACACAGAAACUUUAUCGAAGUUUCUUAAACAUGCAGAUCAAGAACCGGGAUCCGUGGGAGGGUAUACGAGGGCACACCAAGACCAGGAGGAUUCGAAUUUCAAGGAGAGCGACAGGGAUUACAACAACACUUGUGUUUUCCCGCCAAUUCAAAUGUGCAAAACUCACCCAGGCACCUGGAAUUCGUCGUCAAAUUUGUAUUUAAACACCAUCGAAAAUGAUAAAGUGGAAAAUUCAGAAGUGAAACUGGAUGAGGGAUUUACUGAUAAAGAUGGAGAAGCAACCGAGAACGACGACGGGAAGAAACAAAAUGACCGUAAUUCCAGCCACGUGACAAGUGUUGUGAAUUAUGAGUUCUUCAAGAAAGCUGAAUACAAAGAAACGAAGACGGAAACAAAUUACUCGAGUGCCAACAUUUGUAGAAUGGAGUACCUGAAUUCAGAUUUUGUGACGUUGAACGAUAGUAACACAUCAGAGGAAGCGACGGUUGUAACUGAAACUAAACCAAGUGACCUUGUUUAUAAUUAUGUGAUUUCUGAAGACGAGGAUCAUGAUGAAACACACUACGAAUACGACUAUAUUCUGGAUUCUGACAACUCGAGAUGCCAGACCCCAGUAGAUAUAAGUGAAAGAACCGAAUCCGUAAGCAAGCAGUAUAACCCUGAAUAUAAAAAUGUCAACGAAGAAAAUAAUAACAGAAACACAAGAAUUGAAUCGCAUAACCAUGUAAGUAUGUGUGGUGUUCAUGAAUCGGUUAAGCAAACGGAAAUUCAUGACUAUGUGUCAGAUAAUGUUGGUCCCAAACAGGAAGAGAUCGUUAUGCACAGUACUGGAAUGAACGAGGACGACGGAGAGGCGACGGAGACCGAGUUCGAUCCACUAGAGGGCGACGAAUGGGAACAAAUGGAAACUUUAAACCAUUCAAUCGAUACUUCCGACUCGGUGGGAAAAGAGGAGGCCGAAGGUGGUGUUACUGAUGAAGACAGUUCCUCGACUGAUUUUGAGGAUCUCAUUAGUCAGUACGUGACCUACAUGCCUAGAGAGAUUAGUCGCUCGGUCAAUUCAAAAAGGCGUGCAGCGCGCAUGUCUCCUACUUCCGCCACCUAUAGACGAUGCAGCACCGAACUGAAACGGUAUUUCUGUGAGAAAUGUGGAAGAUCGUAUAAGUCAUCCACAGACUAUCAAACUCACAAAGAGACACACAAAAGAAAUAAAUGUAAAGUAUGUUUUAAGGAAUUUCACAACACUAAAACCCUUCUUAGGCAUUCACAUAUUCACAUAGGCGACGAUUUAUCGACUUGUUUGUUUUGUAAGAAUACGUUCAAUCGUAAGAAAAGUCUUUAUAUUCAUAUUCAGAAACAUCAUUUAUCCCAUUUGCCUUAUGAAAAAAUUGUUGAUAUGAUUACUGCUAAAACCGAGAGAUCGUCCUAUUUCAGUUUAAAGAAAUUCAGUAAUGUCAAAGUCAGCCCGAACGAUCAGAAAACGGAGGAAAGAAUGACACACCGUGAAAAAAAGAAUCAAGCAUGCAAAGUGCCAGAGAACAAAAAAGAAACGGGACUGAAAGAGUGCCAUGUUUGUAACAAAGAGUUUGAGCCCCGAAUAUUAGAGCGGCACGUGCGCUCUCACACCGGAGAACGCCCCUAUGCCUGCGACCAGUGUCCUUUUAGAUGUUCUCAGUUUGGAAAUCUCAACAAACACAAGUCAUUUGUCCACAAGAAGAAGGACAAUGGGGACGGGCGAAUCUUUAAGUUCAAAUGUGAUACGUGUAACAAGCGUUUUUACGACAAGGCGCACCUGCGACGUCACACUGUGACCCAUUUUGAGAAAUCUGUAAAGCACUACUCCUGCCUUGUGUGUAAGAAAAGGUUCCGGUUUAACAGUGGAUUGCACAGACACAUGCAGCUGCACAAGGACGGGUUGAAGAUCUGUUGCGGUAUUUGUAACAAGCGAUUUUAUGACUCUUCUGGGUUGAACAAACAUCUCGAACAACAUACAAACCAGCUGCCAUACAGAUGCGAGCCUUGCCGGUGUUCAUUCAGGUCUCCCCAUGCCCUCAGAAGGCACAAGGCCAGCCACAUGGAGUCUAGGAAAUCCACUACUAAGCGUAGGAAAUGAGGAAUGGUGACCAUCAGAGCGUACACAAUAAACUAUUACAAAAA